AUGCUGCAAACCAAACGUCUUCCUCAAUCAUCACGGUAUAUCUUAAAAAACAUCUCACCUACACGCACGAAUAGUCCUCUCGGAGCCCUUCUGCUACAUAGAACACGAAAUUAUGCAUCACACUCGGCUCUAGAAGACUUCUAUCACCCGAAAAAACGGCGGUUUGGACCUUGGUUCAUCGGGUUUCUAGCAGUUGGGUUUGGGAUGACAGCGUAUGGCGGAUACAUUCUGUACGAAACACUGACAAUAUGGCCACCUGAAGUUCGCGCCGACUUGAGAGACGCACUGACGGCCAAGAUGAAGGGUGAUUUGCAUCUCAGCGAACGUUACUUUCAUCGGGCUUGGAAAACGAUUCAAACAUUACCUAUAUCAUCUCUCGGCACUCAGCCUUAUCUCAAACUCACUGGCGUAGCCGUUUCUCUCGCGGAUGUUUUGGAAGUGGCGAAUAAACCUGAACGGGCAUACGACGUGUGUGCAGAAGCACUAGGGAUUCUACAACGAGAAGAUGUCAUGGGCACCCUGAAAGGGCCAGAGAGGCUGAGAGGGGUAGCUCUGGCUUCAAAAUUAGGUGAACUAGCGGAACAGUUGGGGAAACCACGAGAGGAAGAAGAAAAGUGGAAAGUCUGGGCUGUGGAGGAGAUAUUACGGGUUGUCAAGGCCGAGGCUACAGAAGAAAAGAAAACGCUGGAUUUGCCUAUGAUGCCGUUGCCUAAAUGGAUCACGAAAGCCGAUGUGGGAGCUCCCUUGCAACAACUUGGAGCGUUUUAUGCGAGGACCGGAAAGUUAGAAUAUGCAAUGCCGCUUUACCUUCAAGCCAUAUCUCUUCUCAUACCCCCCGCUCCAAAACAAUCAUCUCCAGAAGAUCGAUGCAGAGGGGCACAACUCAUGGGGGACCUAUCCGAGUUGCUAAUGCGGGGUAAACCAACACCAGAAAGGAUUCACCAAGCCGAAGCCUGGGCCACACAGGCACUUGCCGUACUACAGAAAACGAGAGGAGAGUUGAACCGAAAGGAAAUACGGAUAUGUGAGGCGGCUUAUGCAGCUGCCCUUUUUAAUGUGGCUGCUUUCAAGGAGAUGGCCAAUGACACACAGACCGCGAGAAAGUUGUACAAGGAAGGGCUCGAGCAAUCCCGAGCUAUUUCGAUGCAAGAGGGCAUUGUUGAAGCGUCAGAGGCGCUGAUGAGAUUAGACUCUGAACCAGGCAGGAAGGAAUAA